UUCUCCCAGACGUCCCCGCGCGUUGCCCUUCUCGCCCUCCAGGCAACCUGCGUUUGGCUGGGUUUCCACUAUCGCAGUUCACCCGUCGCCGCCAUGCUGUCCUCUUCGCUGCUCCGCCGCCCUGGCCUGAGUCGCCUCGUGCGCCAGGUCCGCGCCUACGCCGAGGCCGCCGCCGCCCCGGCCCCCGCCGCGGGCCCGGGACAAAUGUCCUUUACCUUCGCCUCACCCACGCAGGUAUUCUUCAAUGGUGCCAACGUCCGGCAGGUGGAUGUGCCCACGCAGACCGGAGCCUUUGGUAUCCUGGCUGCCCACGUGCCCACCCUGCAGGUCCUGCGGCCAGGUUUGGUUGUUGUCCACGCUGAGGAUGGCACCACCUCCAAAUACUUUGUGAGCAGUGGCUCGGUCACAGUGAACGCUGAUUCAUCAGUGCAGUUACUGGCGGAAGAGGCUGUGACACUGGACAUGCUGGACUUGGGGGCGGCUAAGGCAAACUUGGAGAAGGCACAGUCGGAGCUGUCGGGGGCAGCGGACGAGGUUGCGAGGGCUGAGAUCCAAAUCCGUAUGGAGGCCAGUGAGGCCCUGGUGAAGGCUCUGGAGUAGGCGACCCUGCAGCAGAGACCUGUUCCCAGCCGCCGCCUCUGCACAGCCUGCCCCCAGCCCACACCUCAUUAAAGACCAGGGACCCCA